GCCCAGCGCAGGUCCCGGGCUGAGGUGCGCGCUGCCUGCCUGGGACCCGAAGAAGUGUCCCCGGGGUUUGCCAUGAGGACCGUGGGGUGCCACGGGAGGGGCUGCAGCCCCACGCGGUGGUGGUGAGGGCGGACAGAAUGACUGAGAACGUGAAGGAGUGCUUGGCCCACACCAAGGCGGCUGUAGGGGACAUGGUGACCGUGGUUAAGACAGAGGUCUGCUCACCACUUCGGGACCAGGAAUAUGGCCAGCCCUGCUCUAGGAGACCAGAGCCUUCGUCCAUGGAAGUUGAGCCCAAGAAACUGAAGGGGAAGCGAGACCUCAUCAUGACCAAAAGCUUCCAGCAAGUGGACUUCUGGUUCUGUGAGUCCUGCCAGGAGUACUUCGUAGAUGAGUGCCCGAACCACGGUCCCCCUGUGUUUGUAUCCGACACGCCAGUGCCUGUGGGCAUCCCAGACCGGGCAGCCCUCACCAUCCCGCAGGGCAUGGAGGUAGUGAAGGAGGCUGGUGGAGAGAGUGACGUGCGAUGCAUAAAUGAGGUCGUGCCCAAGGGUCGUAUCUUUGGCCCCUACGAGGGCCAGAUCUCUACCCAGGACAAGUCAGCUGGCUUCUUCUCGUGGCUGAUUGUGGACAAGAACAACCGUUACAAGUCCAUAGAUGGGUCAGAUGAGACGAAGGCCAAUUGGAUGAGGUAUGUGAUCAUCUCGCGAGAGGAGAGGGAGCAGAACCUCCUGGCGUUCCAGCACGGGGAGCGCAUCUACUUCCGGGCGUGCAGGGACAUCCGGCCUGGGGAGUGGCUUCGAGUCUGGUACAGCGAGGACUACAUGAAGCGCCUGCACAGCAUGUCCCAGGAAACCAUCCACCGCAACCUGGCCUGGGGAGAGAAGAGGUUGCAGAGGGAGAAAGCCGAGCAGGCUCCGGGUAACACAGAAGACCUAAGGGGUCCCUCUCAGCUGCCAGUGUUGAGACAGGGCAGAAGCCCCUACAAGCGCAGCUUUGACGAGGGGGAUGUGCACUCCCAGGCCAAGAAAAAGAAAAUUGACCUCAUCUUCAAGGACGUGCUGGAGGCGUCACUGGAGUCUGCCAACGAGGAAGCCCACCAGCUGGCCAUGAGCACCUCGCUGGUCAUCCGCAAAGUCCCCAAGUACCAGGAUGGGACCUACGGUCGGGGUGCAGCCUCUGUGACCCACAGCAUGCAGAACAUCCACCGGUCCCAGGGGGAAGGGCACUGGAAGAUUCCCCGAGGGACAGCCAAGGAUCCAGGCCCACUGGAGGAUGAAGAAGAAGAGCCUUCCUCAUUCAAGGCUGACAGUCCCGCUGAGGCCUCCCUUGCGUCUGACCCCCAUGAGCUUCCCACCACCUCCUUUUGCCCUAACUGUAUCCGCCUCAAGAAGAAGGUGCGUGAACUGCAGGCGGAGCUGGACAUGCUUAAAUCUGGGAAGCUGCCCGAGCCCCCCAUCCUGCCGCCGCAGGCACUGGAGCUCCCCGAGUUCUCAGACUCUGCAGCCCCGGAGAGCAUGGUCUCCGGCCCCGCCAUCAUGGAGGAUGACGACCAGGAGGUCGACUCCGCCGACGAAUCGGCGUCCAAUGAUAUGACGACUCCGACCGACGAGCCCUCCAAGAUGUCCUCUGCCACCGGGCGCCGGAUCCGGCGCUUCAAGCAGGAGUGGCUCAAGAAGUUCUGGUUCCUACGGUACUCCCCGACCCUCAACGAGAUGUGGUGCCACGUGUGCCGCCAGUACACGGUGCAGUCCUCCCGCACAUCGGCCUUCAUCAUAGGCUCCAAGCAGUUUAAGAUCCACACCAUCAAGCUGCACAGCCAGAGCAACUUGCACAAGAAGUGUCUGCAGCUGUACAAGCUGCGCAUGCACCCCGAGAAGACGGAGGAGAUGUGUCGCAACAUGACCCUGCUCUUCAACACCGCCUACCACCUGGCACUUGAGGGCAGACCCUACCUGGACUUCCGCCCUCUGGCAGAGCUGUUGAGGAAGUGUGAGCUCAAGGUGGUGGAUCAGUACAUGAAUGAGGGCGACUGCCAGAUCCUCAUCCACCACAUCGCCCGGGCCCUGCGCGAGGACCUGGUGGAGCGCAUCCGCCAGUCGCCUUGUCUCAGCAUUAUCCUGGACGGGCAGAGCGACGACCUGCUAGCCGACACGGUGGCCGUCUAUGUGCAGUACACCAGCAGCGACGGACCCCCAGCCACCGAGUUCUUGUCCCUGCAGGAGCUGGGCUUCAUCAGCACGGAAAGCUAUCUCCAGGCACUCGACCGGGCGUUUUCUGCCCUGGGCAUAAGGUUGCAGGAUGAGAAGCCAACUGUGGGCCUGGGUGUGGAUGGGGCCAACAUCACGGCCAGCCUUCGCGCCAGCAUGUUCAUGACCAUCCGCAAGACACUGCCCUGGCUGCUGUGCCUGCCCUUCAUGGUGCACCGGCCCCAUCUGGAGAUCUUGGACGCCAUCAGUGGCAAGGAGCUGCCCUGCCUGGAGGAGCUGGAGAACAACCUGAAACAACUGCUCAGCUUCUACCGGUACUCGCCCCGACUCAUGUGCGAGCUGCGUUCCACCGCCUCCACCCUGUGUGAGGAGACGGAGUUCCUAGGGGACAUCCGGGCUGUGAGGUGGAUCAUUGGUGAGCAGAACGUCCUCAACGCCCUCAUCAAGGACUACCUGGAAGUGGUGGCCCACCUCAAGGACAUCAGCAGCCAGACGCAGCGGGCGGAUGCCUCGGCCAUUGCCCUGGCCCUGCUGCAGUUCCUCCUGGACUACCAGUCCAUCAAGCUCAUCUACUUCCUGCUGGACGUGAUUGCCGUGCUCUCACGCCUGGCCUACGUCUUCCAGGGCGAGUACCUGCUGGUGUCGCAGGUGGAUGACAAGAUUGAGGAGGCCAUUCAGGAGAUCAGCCGGCUGGCCGACUCCCCGGGAGAGUACCUCCAGGAAUUUGAGGAGAACUUCCGCGAGAGCUUCAACGGGAUUGCCAUGAAGAACCUCAGGGUGGCCGAGGCCAAGUUCCAGUCCAUCAGGGAGAAGAUCUGCCAGAAGACCCAGGUCAUCCUAGCUCAGAGGUUCGAUUCCCGCAGCCGGAUCUUUGUGAAGGCCUGCCAAGUGUUCGACCUGGCUGCCUGGCCCAGGAGCAGUGAGGAGCUCGUGAGCUUCGGUAAGGAGGACAUGGUACAGAUCUUUGACCAUCUGGAGGCCAUCCCUACCUUCUCCCGGGAUGUGUGCCGGGAAGGGCUGGACCCUCGGGGGAGCCUUCUAAUGGAGUGGCGUGACCUCAAGGCUGAUUACUAUACCAAAAAUGGCUUCAAGGACCUCAUCAGCCACAUCUGCAAGUACAAGCAGAGGUUCCCACUCUUGAACAAGAUCAUCCAGGUCCUUAAAGUCCUCCCCACUUCUACUGCCUGCUGCGAGAAAGGCCGCAGUGCCCUCCAGCGGGUGCGCAAAAACCACCGGUCCCGCCUCACCCUGGAGCAGCUCAGCGACCUAUUGACAAUCGCAGUGAACGGACCGCCCAUCUCCAGCUUUGAUGCCAAGCGCGCCCUGGACAGCUGGUUCGAGGAGAAGUCUGGCCACAGUUACUCUCUGUCGGCCGAGGUCCUCAGCAGGAUGUCGGCUCUGGAGCAGAAGCCCAUGCUGCAGGCCGUGGACCAUGGGUCUGAGUUCUAUCCAGACAUGUAGGGGCCCUGCUGCAGAGUUCACUAAGCUGGUGAAUAUUUUUUUAAUCUAUACUUAUAAGCUUUGAUAUAUUAUAUAAAUAUAUAUUAUAUUACAUAUAUAUAUAUAUAUAUAUAUACAUAUAUAUAAACCCACACUGAAAAAUUUUAACAGCCAAGGUGACACGGCCACCAGAAGCUACUGGCAGCUUUCAGAAAGGAGCAGAUUUGGAAACUGACUCUCACCUACAGCAUUUGGCAGCUGCAACCUCUGUGACAACUCAUUUUCACUCACAAGCAUGGUCGGGGCCACUCACGUUCCCACUGACGGUCAACCAACAGCAUAAGCUAAAAUGACGGGUCUCUUCAUCACUGUUAGGUAGCUCAUUUCGUUUAUGUUUUUAUUUGGAGGUUCAGGGCUCGGGAGUAGGGUUGGGAUUACACUCUCACCUCUUUUUCACAUGGUUUACUAGUGGGCAUUUCUUGGCCUCCGUGUUGACAUCCCAGUCCGGCCUACGUUAGACUUGCGGUUUCCACAGGUAGGCUGUGCAUCUGGAUGGGGUGUCUGGUCUUUCGUCCUCCCAUGUCUGUCUUCACUGGGAGAGGUCUCUGUGCGUCCUCUGAUGCGGAUUCCUUCCCUGUCCCACCAACAAAAGCAUCAGUCUAACUGUGAACCCACCACCCUCCUCCCCGCCCCUUCCCCCCCCACCGUCAGCCUCACCCUCGGGUGAUGUCACUUCCCUCCUCCCAGACCCUAGAGACUAAAAAGACAGUAUGUGGUCCACUGCCUCACAUCCAAGCUUGAAAUUGGGGAGGGGGAGGGAGAGCUGAGUUUUCUGCAUUCCUGUUUCUCUACGGUGGAGGAUAAAAGAACGUAAACAGUAUAAUUCCAUUGAGAUCCGGGGCUACUGGAGAGAUGAAAAAUCAAAAUCUGAGCCCUAGCAGGGCAGUGAUUUUUUUUUUUUUUUUUGCUGAAAACAGGUAGAAUGAAAAGGAUAUAUUCAAUUUACAUGAAUUAUUUAUACUCUGUGAUCAUAU